UCUGAGUCUGAAACGUUUCCACGCGUACCUCUUUUUCCUCUACAUCUCUCUCUAAUCUCUCGCGUCAUUUUUUCCUCCUGCUUCUAUCUUCCAGGGACCCCAACUGUAGGUUCUGUUCUGAUUCUCUGAUACCGGUCAUGGAGGAUGGCAACGUGCUGCCUACUCAAGAUGGGACUAUCUCAGUAGCUUCUGCAUUUGCUGCUCAUCAGGAAGCUGUGCAGGACAGAGACCACAAGUUCUUGACUCGAGCUGUUGAAGAAGCAUACAGAGGCGUUGAUUGUGGGGAUGGAGGCCCAUUUGGCGCAGUUGUGGUUUGCAAUGACGAAGUAGUCGUGAGCUGUCACAACAUGGUUCUCAGACACACCGACCCAACUGGUCAUGCCGAGGUCACCGCUGUUAGAGAGGCUUGUAAAAAGCUCAACCGAAUCGAGCUGUCCGAUUGUGAAAUCUAUGCAUCCUGCGAGCCUUGCCCUAUGUGUUUCGGUGCCAUCCAUCUUUCCAGAAUCAAAAGGUUGGUGUACGGGGCGAAAGCUGAAGCAGCAAUAGCGAUAGGGUUUGAUGAUUUCAUUGCCGACGCUUUAAGAGGUACAGGGUUUUACCAGAAGGCUAAUAUGGAGAUCAAGCAGGCUGAUGGGAGUGGUGCUGUUAUUGCAGAACAAGUGUUUGAAAAGACCAAAGCCAAGUUCACCAUGUAUUGAUGAUGAUGAUCGUUUAACUUUCUUUUUCUUACUGCAUUCAGCUGGACUGGGGGUUGAAUUUGGGUGGUUUGAAGUGCAGAAAACUGUUGACUACUUAUUGUCUUUCUUUUUCUUAAUUCUGUAGUUGUUUAAGUGACCAUGUAAUUGAUUGGAAACCAUCAACUGUAUUGAUCUUUCAAACUAAUGUGUAGAGCAAAGAAUCAGUUUUAUCAAUUCAAAGUGCUGUUGUUGUUUUCAUCAGUAAUAGUUAAGCUUCCUUAUGUAGCAAGCAGUAGCGAUGAAGCCAGAAUUUAAUGCCGAGGCUGCCAAAAUUAUUUUUUUCCACGGAUUCAACAAAUAAAUUUCAUUAAACGAC